AUGAGACCCAAGCACAGUAAAUUCCUGAUAACUCGUCACUCCAAGGGCAAAGGGAUCAAUGAUGAGUUAUCAGGAGUGAUUUCGAGCAGACAAACCCGGCAGAGCAACAUGGCUUCAGCUAAACUGCUAACUCAUCUAAUUCUUGCAGGGUACUUCAUCGUGUCAACCAUUGUGGUUCAGGCUGGCACCAGUACCACAGAACAGGCAAGCUUAGCAUCAACUGAGGCUGGCACCAGUACCACAGGACAGGCAAGCUUAGCAUCAACUGAGGCUGGCACCACUACCACACAACAGGCAAGCUUAGCAUCAACUGAGGCUGGCACCAGUACCACAGAACAGGCAAGCUCCACAUCAACUGAGGCUGGCACCAGUACCACAGAACAGGCAAGCUUAGCAUCAACUGAGGCUGGCACCAGUACCACAGAACAGGCAAGCUCCACAUCAACUGAGGCUGGCACCAGUACCACAGAACAGGCAAGCUCCACAUCAACUGAGGCUGGCACCAGUACCACAGAACAGGCAAGCUUAGCAUCAACUGAGGCUGGCACCAGUACCACACAACAGGCAAGCUCCACAUCAACUGAGGCUGGCACCAGUACCACAGAACAGGCAAGCUUAGCAUCAACUGAGGCUGGCACCAGUACCACAGAACAGGCAAGCUCCACAUCAACUGAGGCUGGCACCAGUACCACAGAACAGUCAGCAUCAACUGAGGCUGGCACCAGUACCACAGGAGAGGCAAGCUCAGCAACAACUGAGGCUGGCACCAGCACCAAACAACAGGCAAGCUCAGCAUCAACUGAGGCUGGCACCAGUACAACACAGCAGGCAAGCUCCACAUCAACUGAGGCUGGCACCAGUACCACAGAACAGGCAAGCUCCACAUCAACUGAGGCUGGCACCAGUACCACAGAACAGGCAAGCUCCACAUCAACUGAGGCUGGCACCAGUACCACAGAACAGGCAAGCUCAGCGUCAACUGAGGCUGGCACCAGUACCACAGAACAGGCAAGCUCAGCAUCAACUGAGGCUGGCACCAGUAUCACACAACAGGCAAGCUCCACAUCAACUGAGGCUGGCACCAGUACCACAGAACAGGCAAGCUCAGCAUCAACUGUGGCUGGCACCAGUACAACACAGCAGGCAAGCUCAGCAAAAACUGAGGCUGGCACCAGUACCACAGGACAGGCAAGCUCCAGUACCACAGGACAGGCAAGCUCCACAUCAACUGAGGUUGGCACCAGUACCACACAACAGGCAAGCUCCACAUCAACUGAGGCUGGCACCAGCAAGCUCAGCAUCAUCAACUGUGGCUGGCACCACAGAACCGGCAAGCUCAGCAUCAACAGGCUGGCACCAGUACCAACAGGCAAGCUCAGCGUCAACUGUGGCUGGCACCAGUACCACACAACAGGCAAGCUCAGCGUCAACUGUGGCUGGCACCAGUACCACACAACAGCAGCAUCAACUGAGGCUGGCACCAGUGCCACACAACAGGCAAGCUCAGCAUCAACUGAGGCUGGCACCAGUACCACACAACAGGCAAGCUCAGCGUCAACUGAGGCUGGCAGCAGCACCACAGGACAGGCAAUCUUAGCAUCAACCGAGGCUGGCACCAGCACCACACAACAGGCAAGCUCAGCAUCAACUGAGGCUGGCACCAGUACCACACAACAGGCAAACUCAGAAUCAACUGAGGCUGGCACCAGUACCACACAACAGGCAAGCUCAGCAUCAACUGUGGGUGCCAUUACUACUGCAGAACAGGCAAGCUCAGCGUCAACUGAGGCUGGCACCAGCACCACACAACAGACAAGCUCAGCAUUAACUGAGGCUGGCACCAGUACCACACAACAGGCAAGCUCAGCAUCAUCAACUGUGGCUGGCACCACAGAACCGGCAAGCUCAGCAUCAACAGUAGCUGGCACCAGUACCACACAACAGGCAAGCUCAGCAUCAACUAAGGCUGGCACCAGUACCACACAACAGGCAAGCUCAGCAUCAACUGUGGCUGGCACCAGUACCACACAACAGGCAAGCUCAGCAUCAACUGUGGCUGGCACCAGCACCAGACAACAGGCAAGCUCAGCAUCAACUGAGGCUGGCACCAGCACCAGACAACAGGCAAGCUCAGCAUCAACUAAGGCUGGCACCAGCACCAGACAACAGGCAAGCUCAUCGUCAAGUGUAACAACAGCCCCACAGACAACGCCCACCUUCAGUCCCACCACCAUUGCCCCGUUGCCUGCGAAUGUUGAACGGGUACCAUUGUCUUUCAGCAUAAAUCGCACGUUCCGACCAGAGCUAUUGAAUUUAUCCUCAAAAGAAUCCAUAGAACUUAAAGCCCAGAUAGUAAAAGAGCUAACACCAGGCUACAGAAAAAACUAUCCGAAUUUCAGAAGCUUAAGUGUAAAGAAAUUCAGGUCAGGAUCUACUGUCGUCGACACUGACAUAUUCUUCAAUAAUAACUCCGUUAUACCAUCCAAUUCGGAAGUGGUGAAGACAAUGGCAGAUCAAUUGGAGAACAACACACAGCUCGGAAACCUGUCCAUUAUCCGGUCAACAAUCGACUCAAACGGCAUUCGCUUAAGCACCCUGGAACCAUCACCUUUGCAAAUUUCCUUUGUGAUUGAAAAUGAAACCUUCACAGAGAGUCUAAGCAACAAGUCCUCCACUACAUUUACUGAUCUUAAGCAAAGAAUUCUUUCCUGGCUUAAACCUAUCCUUGAGAACGAGUUUGGAAGCCAAACUGUGCUAAAUAAUUCCACCAUUGAUUUCAGCAACUCUAGUGUAAGGGUGUUCGUCAACGCUCACUUCCAGAUCAACAGUACCAAGCCCGAAAAUCGCAACCGGUUGAUUAGUCUCAUCACAGAGGGUGUCGAUGGUUCAGGCUUCGACAUCAUCAAGUCCACCAUUAUCAUAAACGGAAACUCCGUCACAUUUCAGCAAUUUGACAUACCAAUUAGAUUCACCAACCAAAACUUUGAACCAGCGCUGAAUGACCGAGCAACUGGAAAGUUCAAAGAUCUCAGCGGAAGAAUAACACGAGCGGUGAAUAAGAUAUUUCAGCGGAACAGUUCCUACGUUGAAAUCACCAUCGAGAGCUUUAGGUCUGGCUCUGUUAUAGCGAAUACAGUCAUGCGAUUUGCAGUCAAUUCCACAGACGAUAAUAGUGUCCGGAGGUCUCUGGUUAAUAAUGAACAAGAAUUCAGGAGCGAAAAUUUAACUUUGGACACUCACUUCAUUCUGACUACAGUUGCACCUCCGACUACUACCUUAACUACCACCAGACCAGCACCACCAGACAAUAACUUCCCAAGCUAUGCCAUCGCAAUCAUAGUCAUGGGCAUAUUGGCUAUAAUUGCAAUCAUUGUUCUCAUUGUUCUGGCAUUUAAGACAGGUUAUUGUGCUAAAGUGGCCAAUGCCUGCAGGCUAGAAGCCCCUGAUGAUGUUGAUAUGAAACUCCCAAUAUUUGGGCGCUCAUACAACCUCUACUGAGGAAAAAGCCCAGGACGACAAGAAGCCUUAUGGUCGACACGUAACACACGUACUGUGUAUGGAUUUAUGAAGAAACACAUUAAGAGGACAUGUACUGAACAGGCCUGCUUUUGCGCGUUUAAACUUGAACUCAUGCAAAAUGGGUCGUCAAAGUUGCUGCGAAUUCCACAUUAAGAUCAAUUGUCAUCUUAUUCUGGUGCCAUGUUAAGUAACCACUGCACACCCUCUGGCUUACUAAUGGAAGAACAUACAUUGGCAAAGGAAAACCAGCAACUAUUUGUGUCUUAAUGAUUUGCUCUGAAAACUUGAAUUCCCUUAACUCUCAUAUUUAUAGCUCAAUGUGCCCCUUUGUGUAUUAAAAAAAGGGCAAUUUCUAAUCUGUACAUAAAUUGGUAGCAAACUCUAGGGUUUGAAUGGAAGGCAGAGCUGUCUGAGCUGCUCACCACUGGUGACAGAAUCACUGUGGGGAGAAGUGAGCAAACACUCACAACAAACAGACAACUGAAGGACCAGAGGGAACACCUUACAAGUUAAGCCUGACAAUUGAUUUAUUCCCGCAUUCGCUUGAGCCAGGGUAAUUUGAACCAACGUAUGUUUAAUCAAUGGAAAAAUCGAGUCAGUCAGUGCCAGAAAGCAACGUUAUUUAAUGUGGAGUCCUGUAGCUCAGUGGUUAGAGCACUCGCCUCGCAAG